GUGGAGCAGGUUGUUGCUGCUCGGAAGUGAUAUAAAGGUGUGUCGUGGUACCGAGUGAGCUUAACGCACCUGGACGACUUCAAGGAAACAACGCUCCGCGUUGUAUCCAGGUUUACCCGGCCAGGGUGUUCCUGCCACACCACAAUUUAACAUCAUGUUGGUGUGGACGGUAUUAUUGAUAUUAACAACAAGUCUCCUGACAAAUGGGGCCCGACCAGACCCACCAUCAUCUGGUAUCACAACCUUAGGCUCGCUAAAAUUAGCUAAUGCCGAAGAUUGUGCUGGAGUAGUUGCAUUCUCCGCAACAUCAGGACUUAAAACCAAUACCCGACUGAAAUUCUCGCAGACGCAAGUAAACAAAGGCGUCGGAUACGCCGCAGAAACAGGAAUAUUCACGACUCAUUGCCCCGGAUUGUACCAAUUCAGCCUAGCUGGAUAUGGUACCGCCGACUUGAAGCUGACAUUAAAGCGCAAAGCUAACAGAUCAGAUGAUUGGACCCCCAUAGUGUCCACCGGAAUUGGCGGCGGCUCAAAUCUUGUCUUCCUGGACUCCGAGAUCGGUGAUCAGCUUGCUGUUUUCGUGGACUCCGGCAACCCUACUGAAGGAACAUCCUUCUCAGGGUACCGAGUCGCCAAAAAGUAACCCAGGUUCACACGGCAACAGACGAUUUAAAUACAUAAAAAGUAUGACUCGAUAAAAAUGAUGCCGUGCGCCUGAUCGGAACAUUCCCACCAACUUUAAAUUUAUUUUAAAUGUUUUAAUAAUCAAGAGAUUCAAUAGGGAGAAAUUGGAUUAUUAUUUAAACAACUAAGCGAGAUUUUAAAUUAACCGCAUGGACGCUACUCCCGAUGUACCUUUAUAUGGCUUUAAAUCAUUUGAGUUUACAAUUUGGUUCUUGUUUUGUUAACUUUAAUACAACAUUUAUUUUUAUUGACCUAUCGAUUGAUAAAACCACUGUGAUAGUUCCUAAA